GGACGGUGAAUGCUAACGCAAGGAGGGCGAGAUCCGGGGUCAUCACUGAUUGCCCGCUUGCGCCGCGCAUCCCCUCGUCGUCGUCCACCUCCACUCUCUCUGUGCGCGACGACGCCAUGAGAAAAAAACACAGACCACCACUACCAUGACCACCACUAGUACUACCACCACGACGUCUCCAGCUUCCCCACCUGAGCUGUGCUGCCAAGCUGCCCACUUGAGGCCGCAUCACCCUUUCCACGCUGCUGCCAAAAUUGGGUGACCGGGGCCCGUCUGCGCUUGCUUGCGUCUGGCUGCUGGUUCAUAGAGAAUUCGGUAGUAGUGGGGAGGGAGGGUGCACAAGGGUUCGCGCCCGACGGGAAUGAAUGGCUUUGCCGCAAGCUUGUGUGUAGUGGAGUGAGCCUUGCGCGUGUGGAUGAGUGAGUGGGGCCCUUUCCUUGCCAGAUGCUCUCGCUCGCCCUCGCUCUUUCUCCUCUCGUUUUCCUCUCUCUCUCUCCCCUACUCUACCUCUCGCUGCUGCGCCUUUUCUCAUGGUUAGGAGCUUUUCUGGUUUGUGGGUUGAGGUGAAGUAUGGGCUAGGUCUGUGUGGUGUCACCUCAGGAGCGGUGGACGUUGGCUAGUUGCGUGCGCAUGGUACCAGUGUGCGUUGCUUAGGUUUCACACAUUCUAGCUGCUGUGGGUUCAGAUUUGUGGAUCCACCCCCUGGACUCUGUUUUUAAGCAUCUAUGUUGCUACCGUCAGUUUGCUUGAUUAGGCUUUGUUGUGUUGCUUUUUGGUACUUGUAACCUUCACCCCUCCGCCAUAUUUGUAGAUAGCCCAGAGAGUAUUUGUCUGCGUUUCCUGCAUUAGAUUGCGCUGAGUCUUUCCAACACGGAGGAAGAGCGUUAGGAUUACUUGGCGGGGGACAAGUGUCUUUGAUCGAGGGUCAUACCUGAAUCUGCAGCGCGGUUUGCACACUUGCAUUUGCCAGCUCAAGAGCUGUUGGAUUGUGAGCGAGCUCGUAUCACUUUCAGGGCCGAACAUAUGCGCUGCUAGUGGAGUGAAAUGUCCUCUUCAUUCCCGACUAGCACACUUCGUAGGGGCCGAUGACUUCUUAGAUGCUAUCAUUUUAGGGUCGGAAGCUGCAAGUCCUGUGAAAGCUGCAAUCAGGUGAGUUUAGUGGAUGGAGCGUAACGCUCUACUUGAAAGUAAGAAUAGAGGAGGAGCUGAUCGGCGAGGUGGUAUGAUAGGCUAUGGUGGUGGACGGAAGAGUCCAACCAGAUAGGGAAGGGGGUUGGGUUUGUCGAAAGCUUGUAGUGCUUCGAAGGGCGGACAUAGUUGAUUGAAGCAAUUUUGACCCGGAAUGGCAACGAAAGUGGAAGUCCCUGAGGGCACAUGUCCUCCUGGUAAACACCACUACAUGCUAUGGCGAAGUGUAUUUGAGAUUGACACGAAGUAUGUCCCGAUGAAGCCGAUUGGGAAGGGAGCAUACGGUGUAGUGUGUUCAGCCAAAAACAACGAAGCAGGGGAUCGAGUGGCUAUCAAGAAGAUCACGAAUGCAUUUGAGAAUACUACAGACGCCCGGCGUACGUUGCGUGAAAUCCGUUUGCUGCGUCAUUUGUUCCACGAGAACAUAAUUGCCGUGAAGGAUAUCAUGAAGCCAGUUGGUCGUCGAACUUUCAACGAUGUUUACAUUGUGUAUGAGCUUAUGGACACCGACCUUCAUCAGAUAAUCCGUUCGUCACAGACCCUUACGGAUGACCAUUGCCAGUAUUUUAUUUACCAGUUGUUGCGAGGUCUCAAAUAUAUCCAUUCUGCGAAUGUUCUGCACCGCGAUCUAAAGCCAAGUAAUCUGCUACUCAAUGCUAGCUGCGACUUAAAGAUUUGCGACUUCGGAUUGGCGCGGACAGGGAGUGAUAAGGGUCAAUUCAUGACCGAGUACGUCGUGACGAGGUGGUACAGGGCUCCCGAGCUUCUUCUGUCAUGCGAUGAGUACACAAGCGCGAUAGAUAUGUGGUCUGUUGGCUGCAUAUUUGCGGAGCUUUUGGGGCGGAAGCCCUUAUUUCCUGGCAAGGAUUAUAUUCAUCAGCUCAAGCUGAUAAUAAGCAUCAUCGGAUCUCCGGACGAGACUGACCUGCAUUUUAUUCAAAGUCAUAAGGCGCGGAGCUACAUCCAAUCCCUCCCUUUCACGCCUCGUGUAUCUCUCGCUCGCCUUUAUCCCCGCGCAAAUCCCUUGGCCAUUCAGUUGAUAGAUAGGAUGCUUGUGUUUGAUCCGAGGAAGCGGGUCACCGUGCACGAAGCUCUGGAGCACCCAUACUUGUCAAUGCUAUACGAUGCUAGCCAGGAGCUCUCCGCUCCCGCUCCUUUUGACUUCGACUUUGAGGAUGAAGACCUCAAGGAGGAUGCAUUGCGAGAAAGGGUUUGGAACGAAAUGUUGAUGUACCACCCAGAAGCGGCCAGUGAGAUGUGAUUUCUGACAUCAUAGUUGAGUGCCUUCUUUUUUUUCUUUGACUUGCUGCUUCUUCUUUAUCUCUCAACCUUUGAACGUCAGAAUAACCAAGCUAUCCCUGUGUAGCAAGCGAGACAAACAUGUUGCACGCUAGAUAGCAGCGUUCGAAAUUUUUCACUGUGAGGUAUGGUCGAUGUUCUAAGAGUCAGUGGAUCCGCGAAAAAAAAAAAAAAAAAAAAAAAGGAAAAGAAAAGAAAAAGAAGACAGUGUAUUCUUUUUUGCUGAAUACAGUAACGGGUGCAACAGGAGGGUUUACACAACGUUUCCAACUUCUGUAAAUGAGGCCCUCAGCAUCACCUCUCAGGCAAGCUCGGUGAGUACUACCCGAGUCACGCAUUUCAUGUGAUGAUUUGCGUGUAAUCCAGGAUACUUAGCGGGCCUUCGUAGCAGCAACCAUUAUGUGUACAUAUGAUCACUACCUGUAUUAUGUUUUUCGGAAUGUAGUUUUUCGGUUGGCUUAUAAACUGGAAGUCGUGUUGCCGGGCUAUUUGUUGUCUUACAGCCUUGGUUUGCCCUGUAAUACCCCCGUAAUCUCUGCAACUUGAUUAAAGUGGUCCAUGGUAUGAGCCGUCACACCGUUGAUUUCUCUGAA